CCCCAGAGAGUGGUUUCCGGCAGCUCUGUUAUCUCGGGGCUGGCAGGUGGUUUCUGCCUCUCCCUCACUCAGCAAACACGCAGCUUGGUCUCGGCAUGCACCUCGCCUAUCUCAUCCUCACGGUCUUCCUGGGCCAGCUCCUGGUGGCUGUGGCCAGAGCCCAGGUCCAGCAGGAGCCACGGCUGGAGACCACCGAGAACACCGGCAUCAACAUCAGCUGCUCACAUCCCAAAAUCCAGACCGGAGAGUCUAUCUACUGGUACCGUCAUCUCCCGGGCCGAGGACCCGAAUUCCUAGCACUCAUUGUGAAAGAGUCCAAAGAGCUGCCGGACAUUGCGGGCGGUCUGUGGGUGUCGGCAGAUCGCCGGAGCAGCGCGCUGUGGCUCCGGCGGCCCCGGCGCGGGGACGCGGCCGUGUAUUACUGCGCGCUGGGGGACACGGGCAGAGGAGCCGGGGCUGCGGCCGGGCACGAACCGCCGCGGGCGGGGCCGGCAUCUUCUUCAGGGGAGGGACCUUCUGCCAUAGUAGCACCUGGAAAUGCCAGACGGGUCACAGCCCCCGGAGGUGAUGGGCGCUCUGCCAGUGCUGAGGAUGCUGCCAACAUCAGCAGAGGUGGAGGAUCCCACGGCGGUGGGAAGGAGCUGAGGAUGGGACCCGGCAGGCUCAUAACCACAGGCGAGGGCUGGAUGGCCACGGUGGAGUCCUGGCACUGCCGGACACAGGGCUCAUUGCAGCUGUUUGCCGGUGGCGUGGGGCCACAGGGCUGGCAGGGCCAGCACGGGGUGUAG